CAAACAGCAUUACAUGUGCUAUAUGGAGACGUUUGUUCAUUUUGGAUUAUUUUAAUCACUGUUGAUGAAAAACUGGGGUUUUAACUGAUUAUUUCCUAAGCUGUAUAAAUUCUGCUUUAACGCAGCUUCUCUCUACAGAUCACGUAUGUCAGUGGAUUCUAACCCAAUUUUUAUACGAAAAUCUCUAAACAAUCACUACCGGUCUGUAAUGAGGUUAUUUUUCCAUUUAUGAUCUCCUUGUCUAUUAUAUUUAUUCCUUGCAGAGACUGAUGAAGUGGCUGUUAUUGAGUUAUUGUGAACGGAAAAUUGGAAAUUCAUCAUAAAUCACAAGCUCAAACUUGCUGAGUAAUACACAAGAAUGAACCUCGUUGGUUCUUGCACAUCAAGUGAACAUGCUUAAGCUUCUGUUUACCACAACUGAUGUGAGAGUUGAUGAAGUGUCUCAGCAUGGAUGCUGCAGGAUUGGAUUUCCAAGCCAUUUUCAGGCUGUUAUGUACAGGAUCUGCUCCCAGCCUGAGCAGUGAAGAGCUCUCCAGCAGAAUCUCUUCAUGUGUUGAUCAAACAGCAAACACUCCUGCUCCGUCUGUCACACACACAGACCUCAUGUGCUUGUGUCUCACUCUUAUUGAGGCCAUCAUUAACAAGCUGACAGCACAGAGUCUGCCACAAGAUGUCACAAUAUUCUAUGAAGAUGUCAAAAGAAGACUGUUUGAAGAAAUGAAUCUGAUGGCAAAACUGGUUUCUCUCCUCAACUGUCAAGACCAGCUGGUGUCUCAUUUAUCUGCAAAGUGUAUAUCAGUCUAUGUCAUCAGUGACAUUUCCAUCAAUGGAGGCAGCAGCUCAAUAUGGAGACAUAGGUGUGCUGAAGUAUUUCAGAAACCAACAGCAAGCAGUGAACUGGACUCCUGUCUGUGGUCUCUGACUGCUGUGAUUAAAGGAGUGCUGAGAGGAGAAAUAUGCCAGAGGAAAAGAGAUGUUUUGAUGAAGCUUCUUUCUGGAUUGGAUGCCUCCAUCACUUCCUUGCACACCAACCUUCUGACUCAAGACACACAGGACCCUCACAAAAGAGAACUGAUAAAUAUUUCUAAAACCAUGUGUGAGUUCUUCGACCUCCUUGAAGUCCUCAGCGCUGCCCGGCUCAGAUAUGGAGUCUGUUCUCCUGUUCAGAGAGUCAUAUUUGUUCAUUCGCGAGGGCUCCUUCGUGUCAUGAGAGCAGAUGUGGAAUAUUUUGUAAAGAAACGAGCACUGCUUCUUCUAAAGAAAAGUCUUCUGCGGAGAGCCGGGGACGAUUGGGCUUUAGGUGAAGCUCAGUCUGCGUCACGUGAAGAUCACAGCCUGAGUGAGGACAUGUUGGCCAUGGCAGAUGGAGUGUUACAGGAAGUGAAUGCAGGCUGGCUCAAGGAAGUGCCUGUGAAAUCUAAGGCCAGUUUCUUUGGUGGGAACUGUGAUGUAAGACUCACUGGGACGCAGAAGGACGAUGUGAUGCUGAGAGCCGUGAGCCUGGUUUUGCUGAAGUCACUAGAAAUAAACAUUCAGCGCCUUCAUUGUAAAGGAUCUCAGAGUGACAUUGACAUCCGUCAGUAUUUAACAGAGCUCAUGUCAUUCCUCCAGCGUCACGGGACUCUGAUGUCUGCAGACGCUCACAGCUGCUCCUGGGUGUCUGUAGUAUUUGCUGAACAGGAUGAUGACAUGAUGGAAUCAAGCAAGACUUUGAUUGGCUUGUAUUUAUAUCAAAAAAGUUUGAGUUCCUCAGACUCGGGGGUUUGCGUCUGGGGUUGUAACCCUCACUGUCAUUUCAUACUUCUUCUCCGCUCCCUCUCCUUUGACCACACCGUGCUGCUUGACUUCCUCAUCUCUUCGGAAACAUGUUUCCUGGAAUACUGCGUCCACUACCUGAAGCUUCUCCGUGAGGACCGGACAGGCUUGUGUAGGUCUUGUCGUCAUAUUGAAGAUUGUGAUGGGAGGCUUGGUGCCACUAGAGGAGGAACUGAUCCUUCCGUUCAAGCUCCCUCUGCUAAUUCAGAGACGCUGUAUGUUGUUCAAGCAGGUAAUGAAGUUUCAGUUCCACGACUGGUUGAUUAUGGGAGCUCGGACGACUCCGAUGAGGCAGAAGAGCAUGUUUCUGGGAAAACUGAUGUAGAUUCUGGUAGGACUGAAGCAUCUUUUUGCCCAUCUGAAAUGGUGCUAGAACAAGUUCAGACUGAAUAUGCAUCCGAAUUUCUGUUAGAUAAAGUGUUUGUGUGUCUUAUGGACUUGAGGACCACUGUAACUAGACUACAUAACAGGGGUCUCUUUCCCUACAACCCUACCUCACUUCUAAAACUGUUAAACAGCGUAGAACGCCAGAGAAACAGAGUUAGUUAGUUAGCUUCGACUUAAAGCUAAGUAACAGGGAUAGAUUAUGGCUGAUCAAGAAUUAUCUGUUCAAUUACUGCAGUGAAUAAACAAUACAUUGCUGAACCAAAAGAUUAUUUUUGCAUCAAAAUUAAUAAGAUGUAUUGAGGGACUAAAUUAUAUAUAAUAUAACAAAACAAGGCGUGAAAUAAAUUCAUCUGGUAACACUUUACUAUAUGGUUCCAAAUGUUAACAUUAGUUAACAUGAACUGAACCAUUUAUCAAUCUUAGUUAAUGUGAAUUUAAAUAAUUACUAAUACAUUAUUAAAACCAAAAGAUGUAUCCGUUACAUUAUAUGUAAUAUCAUUUAGCGUAGCUGAGCAAACGCAAACUCGUUUUUAUGAAAUAAUAAUCUUAUUUUUUUGUGCAUGCAGUUCAUUCUACUGUUAUUUUUUCACCUAAAAUGAAAAAUGACA